AUGGGUGAAAACGGCUUAAAAACCGUGGAGUUAACCACUAAUAAAUCUGAUACUGUUGCGACUGUUUCUCCAGAAAAUAAUGUGGAACCUAUUUGCCAGAACUCAAGAAGUCUCAAUAAAAAAACAACUCUUGAGUUGGUACCACCAAAUGGAGAAAAUAAAUCAAAUGAUACAGUUAUAUAUCUUGGUGAUGUUAAAGUGGAUAAAGAUAAUAUGAGUUGGGCGCAAAUCGCCUUUACUUUAGUUCCAUUGGCUUUGCCAUCUGUGUUGAGCAUGGCCCUAACUUUUGGUUUGGCCGUUAUACCCUUGGCCUUGAUAGGAUCUAUGAUCGGAGAUGAAGCGCUUACCGGUGCUUCUGUGGGAUACUUUAUUAUUUCAAUCGUUGCACAAUACCCGCUUUGUGGACUGACUUUUGCUAUGGACGCAUUUUGUUCACAGGCUUAUGGUAGAGAUGCAGAAAGUGAUGAACAAGGGGUUAUACUUCAACGAGGAGUACUUGUUAGUAUCGCAUUUUUGUUACCUGUUAACAUGAUUCUAUGUAUAAUUCAGGAAUUCCUUCCAAAAAUUUAUGGUGAAAAAAUUGCGAUGAUUGCGUGUGACUUUAUGAAAUCUGCGAUUUUAUUUAUUAUUCCCUUGGUAAUGUUUACGGCGUUCUCGAAAUUUUGUCUGAAUCAGCUCAAACCACAGUUACCAAUGAUUGCUCUUGGUGUGGGUAUUGCUGUAACCCCUGUGUGUCAAUAUGUUCUUAUAAAAGAAGGUGUUCACGGCGCUAUGCUUGGAAUGGCUAUAACCGCUUGGAUACAACUACUGGUGAUCGUAUCUUUGACAUUUUUUGUUAAAUCCACUCGCAAAACAUUGGGAACACUUCGUCUAAAGGAAGCAUUAGAUUGGGAUGGACUUAAGGAAUAUCUUCAAUUGGCACUUCCCAGUUCUCUCUUUGUUGCUGCAGAGGCAUCAUCAUUUGACGUUGCGGUAUUAUUAUCAGCUGCAUUGGGUACUUAUGAGGGUGCAGCAUUUUCUGCUAUUCUUAAUACACUUUUGAUGUUUGUUUCAAUUGCUGGGGGUUUGAGCACAGCGGCAUGUGCUAAAGUUGGCUCAAGUCUUGGUGCAAAUCUUCCACAAUGUGCACGAAGAUAUGUUGUCGUUGCUGUUUCCCUUGCUGUCCUCAUGGCUUCUUUGAAUGGAAUCAUUGUAUUUGUUUUAUUUGAUAAUAUUCUUGGAUUGUUUGGAGUGGAAGGAGAUUCACUGGUAACGGCCCGUACAAUUCGUUGGUUGGUUCCUUUUAUGUGUAUUGCUGACAGUGCUCAAUACGUUUUUCAAGGUGUCUUCAGCGGCAUGGGACAGAACAAAAAGGGUGCACAAAUUUUAAUUACUUGUUUGUGGGUCAUUGGAUUACCUUUGGAACUUGCACUCGCAUAUUUGUUUGGCUGCGGCCUCACUGGAAUUGUUGGGGGUCUGACAAUUGGUCUCAUGUUGGAAUCGCCCACAAUGAUUUGGUAUGUAUGCAAAUUGGAUUGGGAAGAGUUGGCAAGGGAAGCAAGUUCUUGCACCUCAAACCUCCAAGUGAGUGAUUAUGAAGAUGACGAAAUGAAUUUUGAAAAUCGCUAA